AUGAUGAAUAAUGAUGGUACAACAGGAGGAAAUAAUGUUGGUCUUACACAAACAGAUGAUCAACAAAUGAUAACAUUAGCUGAUCGAGAAAAUUAUAUAGCACGAUUAACACAUCAUUUAGGUGGCAAUAGAGAAAUGGCUAAAUACUUUGAUGAUGAAGCAAUUACAAAAAGUGGUGGAAAAGCGGCAAUAUAUAAAAGAACUCUUCAAAUGCUAUUUCAACAACGAAACCAACAAAUUCAACAACUACAGCAGCAGCAACAACAACAAUCAAUGAUGACCUCACAACAACAACAACAGCCAACAAUAUAUAUGACAUCUCAACCAACUUCAUUGAUUAGCAUGUCUCAACAACAACAGCAACAGCAACCUCCUACAUAUACAAUGCAAGCACCAUUAUCAACAUCAUCAUCGUCAUCAUCAAUCGCAUCGUCAACAACAAUGGUCAACAUUAAACAAGAACCUCAAAUACCGAUGUCUAAUAUUCAAAUGAGACCAAAUUCACAACAUUUUUCCAUACAACAACAACAGCAACAACUACAGCUACAACAGCAACAGCAACAACAACAACAACAACUACAACAGCAACAACAACAGCAACAACAACAACUACAACAGCAUCAGCAACACCAACAGCAACAACUACAACAGCAACAGCAACAGCAACAGCAGCAACAACAACAACAACUACAACAGCAACAACAGAUUAAACAAGAACUAAUGGUACCACCGAUACCGCAACAACAGCAACAGAUUAAACAAGAUUUAAUGGUACCACCACCACCACCACCGCAACAACAACAACAAAUUAAACAAGAAUUAAUGAUACCACCAAUACCCCAACAACAACAACAGAUUAAACAAGAAUUAAUGGUACCACCUAUACCGCAACAACAACCAGGUAUACAAAUUCAACAAAUAAGACAACAACAGCCGUCACAAUAUAAUCCACAACAGAUAUCACAAUAUAAUCAACAACAACAACCAUUGCAAUAUAAUCAGCAACAGCCACCAUCGCAAUAUAAUCAACAACAGCCACCAUCCGUCCAUAAUCAAUCUACAACAAUUAUACCUCAACAACGUACUAUAGUUCAGCAUUUACAACAAGUACGUCAACAAAGUCAUCUUAAUCAACAAAUUGAAUCGACUAAUUCGGCACAAUUGCAACAACAACAACAACCAUCUAAUUCUUCUUCAUUAUCACAGUCAUCAUCAAUGAAUAGUGGAGGAGCAUCAUCAUCAUCAACCUCAACUUCUACUACAUCUGGUGGUAGUUCAGAUGAAAUUUUGCAACAAAUUCUUACUAGCCCAAAUCCACCUAAACAAGCAUCAAACGCUGUUCAAAAUGUUGCACAAGCAAGAUUACGUACAAUUAAUCGAACUGUUCGUAAUCCAUCCUUACCAACAUCUCAAGUUCUUCAACAACAACAGCUUAGUCCAAUGACACCAGGAUCUGAUCCCAUGAUUAUUGGUAAUGUUCCAUCGUCUCAUUCUCAUCCUGGUAUGAUGCAACAACCACAAACACCUAUAGGACCACCUGGUCAAAGUCCAUUAGCACGUUAUAUGAUGGCUCAAUCUCCGCAAAAUAGUAUCUAUCGUCCGCAAAUGUCGCCCAUGAAUAUGAUGAAUUAUGCAGGUAGUCCGACAGCAAUGAUUGAGGAUGAAAUGCAUUAUUUAUUUAAAUUUUUUACUGAUCGUAUUCAUUAUUUAACUAGAAUAAUGACUCGUUGUCAACAAGAAGGUCAACAUGAUAAAGUAGCUAAAUAUCGACAAUUACAUGAUCAAAUGGCUACUUUUGUUCGUAAUCCAAUUCCAGAACAUUUAAUGGUUGCACGUCGUCUUAAAGAACAUGUUGAUCGUAUACUUGAUCCACGUAUGUUUGGACCAGUUAUGAUGCCACCCAUGGUUGAUAUGGCUGGAAUGAUACCACCGGGAGCUCAUAAUAAUGGUCGUUUAAUCACAAAUGGAAUAUUUGAACAAUGUCAACGUGCUAUAAGUGAUUAUCUUGGCAAAGAUACAACAUUAAAAUAUAAUGUCGCAAAACGAUUUUUAGAACCUUUAAGUGAAGUUCUUAAUGGUGUACCACAUAAAAAUAUACGAUUAGAUACAGAAUCCAAACAAGUAGUUGAACCAUAUUCUUCAUCACCUAAUAUUCAUUCAUCAAAAUCUCUUGCAAAUAUCAUUGAAAAUGAAUUUGCUCAUUUAUCAAUGAAUACAUUUACUUAUGAAUUAAAACCAAUGUCUGAUAAAAUGUCCACAUCAUUAUCAUCGAUAAAUGAUAUAAAAGAUUUAUCAAUAUGUGAUUAUGAAUUAACAUGUCGUUUUAUUGAAAUAAAUAUGCCUGUUGUACCACCAUUAAAAAUGAAAUUAACAAUAGAAUAUCCUAAUGAACCACCUGAAGUACUUUCAUUAACACCAACAACAUUAAGUUUUACACCAGCUAAACUUGAAAAAUCAGAUGGGCAUUCAUUUUUUGAAUCAAUAUCUCGAAAUUUUAUAUAUUUUCUAUUUAAAUUACCAACACAACAUACUGUCACUGAUAUUUUAGAUAUAUGGGUAAGAUCAUUCAUUAUAAAUAAUAGAUAG